GUGGGUGUUACGUUGAUAUGGUGAUGCUUAGCCAAAUGUUAAACUCGAUGUUCUUGGAGGUGUGGUCCAACCUCCAUGAUUCUAAGUCACAAGAGUUUGCGGAGCUUGUUCCGCGGCCCAACUCGUCCAAGAACUGUCCUUUGCCUUUUCACUGGCCUUCCCUGAGCAGAGCUCGGGCACUGGGGACACCGGUGCCUCCACGGCUUUUGGGGCAGCAGCGGAACCCCGAGUCCCCAAGGAUGCCAUUGGUCCCCCAGCGCGGCAGGACCCAGCCCUCUGCCCCGGCAGCACGAAUGGGAAAGAUUUCGGUAUUUUUCAGCUUCCUGAAAACAAGCAACUUCCUCCAGGCCUUGAGCUUUGCCCAGUAUGUCCCAAUGGAGUCAAGUUCAACAACUGGAAAUAAAGUUUUUGGAGCAGGUGGACCAGUUCUACGAUGAUAACUUCCCCAUGGAAAUCCGGCACCUGCUAGCACAAUGGAUAGAGAGCCAGGACUGGGAGGCUGCAGCCAACAAUGAAGCAAUGGCAAUGAUCCUUUUACAGAAUUUGAUAAUACAGGUGGAUGAACAGCUGGACCGGGUUUCGCAGGAGAAGAAUCUGCUCUUGAUCCACAACCUGAAAAGAGUCAGGAAGCUGCUGCAGGGCAAAUAUCAUGGUAAUCCCAUGCAUAUAGCAGUGAUCAUCUCAAACUGCUUAAGAGAAGAAAGAAGAAUAUUGGCUGCAGCCAGCAUGCCUGUACAGGGGCCACUGGAAAAGUCUCUACAGAGCUCUGUGGUUUCAGAACGUCAGAGAAAUGUAGAACACAAAGUAUCAGCGAUCAAGAACAGUGCUCAGAUGACUGACCAAGAUGUGAAAUACUUGGAAGACUUGCAAGAGGAAUUUGACUUCAGGUACAAAACAAUACAGAGCUUAGAGCAGAAUGACAAAAACAGCGCCCUCAUUAAACAGGAAAUGUUGGCGUUGCAGGCGAUGCUCAAUACUUUAGACUACAAGAGAAAGGAAGUGCUCAGUAAAAUAGGGCGUGUGAUCCAUGAGAUCGAUAUGCUGAUGAGCAACAUGCUGACCGAGGAGCUGCUGGACUGGAAGAGGCGGCAGCAGAUCGCCUGCAUCGGGGGGCCCCUCCACGGGGGGCUCGAUCAGCUCCAGAACUGCUUCACGCUGUUGGCAGAGAGUCUCUUUCAAGUCAGAAGGCAAUUAGAAAAGCUGGAUGAACUCUUGACCAGGCUGACUUAUGAUGGGGACCCUAUUCCUGUGCAAAGACCUCAGCUGCUGGAAAAAGUCAACUUUCUGCUCUACAACCUUUUCCGGAACUCCUUUGUGGUUGAAAGGCAGCCCUGCAUGCCAACACACCCCCAGAGGCCAAUGGUUCUCAAAACUUUAAUACAGUUCACUGUUAAAUUAAGGUUGCUAAUUAAAUUGCCAGAGCUGAACUACCAGAUCAGAGUGAAAGCAACUAUUGACAAGAAUGUUUCAACUGUAAGUAACCGUAGAUUUGUUCUGUGUGGAACACAUGUGAAAGCCAUGAACAUGGAUGAGUCUGCAAAUGGGAGCUUGUCAGUAGAAUUUCGACAUUUGCAACCCAAAGAAAUGAAAACAAGUGCUGGAAGCAAAGGAAAUGAGGGCCCUCACAUGGUGACCGAGGAACUGCACUCCAUCAGCUUUGAGACACAGGUCUGCCUGUAUGGAUUGACUAUAAAUUUGGAAACCAGUUCUUUGCCUGUGGUGAUGAUUUCCAAUGUCAGCCAACUGCCCAAUGCAUGGGCCUCUAUUAUUUGGUACAACCUGUCAACCAACGAUCCUCAGAACUUGUCUUUCUUCAACAACCCCCCUGCUGCCACUUUGAGCCAGCUCUUAGAAGUACUGAGCUGGCAGUUCUCAUCAUACGUUGGUCGUGGACUCAAUUCUGAACAGCUCAACAUGCUGGCAGAGAAACUUAUGGGACAGCAAGUCAGUUACAAUGAUUAUCAGCUAUCUUGGGCAAAGUUCUGCAAGGAACAUUUGCCUGGGAAGUCCUUUACCUUUUGGGUUUGGCUUGAAGCAAUCCUGGACUUGAUUAAAAAACACAUUCUUCCUCUCUGGAUUGAUGGGUACAUAAUGGGAUUUGUAAGCAAAGAAAAGGAACGAAUUCUGCUGAAAGACAAGACACCAGGAACAUUCUUGUUAAGGUUUAGUGAGAGCAAUCUGGGUGGAAUUACCUUUACUUGGGUGGAUCAGCUAGAAAAUGGAGAUGUAACAUUUCAUUCGGUGGAACCCUACAACAAAGGUCGCUUAUCUGCCCUGCCUUUUGCCGACAUACUGCGCGAUUACAAAGUUAUCAUGGCAGACAACGUUCCUGAAAACCCCCUGAAGUACCUGUACCCAGACAUCCCCAAAGACAAAGCCUUUGGCAAACACUACAGCUGUCAGCCAAACGAAGUCUCAAAGCCCUCAGACGGAGGAGGGAAAGGUUAUGUUCCUUCUGUAUUUAUCCCAGUCUCCAAAAUCUUAAAUGACUCUACAGAACCACAUUCUCCAUCAGAUCUUCUUCCAAUGUCUCCAAGUGUUUAUGCUGUGCUGAGAGAACACCUGAGUCCCACAGCCAUUGAAACUGCUCUGAGUUCUCCUUAUUCAACUGACUGAAGUGCACAUACUGGAAAAAUCAGUAAUUGUGUGAACACUGGAUGGGUUAAAGAAGUCUUUUUUUUUUUUUUCUAU